AUGGAUGAGCGAGACUCAGCUGGCCCUGGAGCAAGAAGAGGCAAUGCCAACCAAACUGGGAGUGGGGGAUUCUGGGAAAACUCUGUGCUGAAGAUUCUGGGUGAGGAGGACACCUUCCACUCAGAGGUGCAGAUCCAGCAGUUUGGGAGGUUCUGCUUCCAGGAGGACAAAGGAGCCCGAGAGGUUUGCAGCCGACUCUACCACCUUGACCGUCAGUGGCUGAAGCCAGAAAGGCACACGAAAGCUGAGAUGCUGGACUUGGUGAUCUUGGAGCAGUUCCUGGCUGUCCUUCCCCCGGAGAUGGAGAGCUGGGUGAGGGAAUGCGGAGCAGAGACCAGUUCCCAGGCGGUGGCCCUGGCCGAAGGUUUCCUCCUGAGUCAGGCAGAGGAGAGGAAGCAGGCAGAGAGAAAGCAGGUGAGAGAGACUUUCCUCUGGAUACUCCAAAGGGGCUCCAAACAGAAUGGAGAACAUCCCAUAAUGCUCUACUGAUGCCCAUUCUUUUUCUAGGAAUGAGAUCUAACACCCAUAAAGUUUUUGUCUUUUUCAUUCUCUUUCUAAUAUUUCUCACCUUUCUCUGAUUUCAAUCCUUGUUUCUUUAUCAGGAAAAGGAUCAUUUUGAGGAAAUGGACCUGGAUUCCUGUGAGGCAGAGAGGCCUCUGUUGGACACCAGAGAGAGGCCACUGGGUAAGGAGGAAGGUGGCUUUUCUCCAUUUGGUCUCAUUCUGUUGGUUUUCCAACUAAUCUGUGGGUUCUUUUUUUGGGGGGGAGGGAGGACAGUUGGGAACAAGGGUCCAAAGGAAGGGAGAAGUAGUUUUGCACAACUAACAUAUGAAAUGGCCACAAAUGUCCAACUGCACUCAGCAGGAAAGGCUUUCUGAAAGGCCCAUCUGUCAUUAGAGAUGCCCUGUUUCACCUGUGAGAGAAGCAGCCACUCCUGGUAUCCUGCUUACGUUUUUUCUCUUGCAGGAGACAGAAUGAUGCUGGCAAAACCUCCUGAUCCAUCUUUUCAUGGGGGCAGAAGGGAAGCAGCGACUGUGGAACCAGAUCAGGUCAGGGGAAGCUGCCUUGUGGGGACAGAGGCCGAGGGAUGGAGUAUCGUCAUGGACUGGUUGGGCACAGGGGAAUGGUGGGAGGAAGCAGCCGGGGAACCAGGAAGGGAGGACGUCUUAGAGACCAAGGAGUGGAGGUGGAAGAAGGAUGAGAGGUCAGUGGGAGAAGAGGGAGAAGCCUGGGAAGAGGAGGUGUCAGAAGCUGAAGGGGCAACAGGGCAUAGUGAGCUGGGAGACUCUGUGGCAAAAUGCAGUCCAGAAUCAGAGGCAGAAGAGGAAGGAGGCGAGUGGGAGGAGGGAGGUCAAGAGGCAGAGGAGAGUCAGGAGAAGGAGGAGCCACCGGGGGCUCCCUCUCCUUCUGCCAGAAGCCCCCCUCCCUGCUUGUGUCUCAGAGCCAGGAGGCGUCUGACAAUGGAGGAGCAAAGGCAGGCUGCACACUGGCGCACUGUUCAAUCAUAUGCCAGAAACCCCAGAGAGGAGGGGAGUUAGAAACUUGUGGGGAGCUGGGGGCCUUCACUCUCAGCAAUUGAUUUUGUGGAGGAAGACACCGUUAUAAAAUUCGACUCAGUAUUGAUCCAGGCAGAACUCCAAUGUAUAGUUAGCAGAGUAAAACCUAAACAUGUUACAGGAUUCCCAAAAAUAGACCAGAGGCAAUUGUAUUUCAUCCGGCGGAGCUUUAACUGCUACUGAAGGCAAAUGAGGAUACUGGUCACAAAUCCAAAAUGUACAGGAUUGGCCCUCUCCAUAAUAAAUCCAGUUGCAGCAGACUUAAACUUAACUUAUAAUAAGUCUAAACCUUAACACUAAGCAUGCUAUGUACAGAACACCAGAAGGAAGAGAGAGAGAAAGAAAGAAACCCGGGCUCCUUCUGGCCUCUUCUUAUAGUCAGCAUGACCUUGACAGAAGAGAUGACAGAACCUCUUUAACCCAGCUGUACUCAGCUUCUCUGAAGGAAUAACCCAAACACCAGGAACCUUCUGCUUGUUUCUUUUAUUCAGAGAAGCUUCCGGAACCCUCUUGAACUAACUAGAAUAGAAAAGAUCAAUAUCAGAUCCAUACUUUCUGCACUAAGAAAUGCAAAGUGACAGACCCUCAGGGAAUGAGCUGCUCUUCUCAUUCGGCCUGAAGCUCAGCCAAGUCUGUGAAUAUUGUGUUCUUGCUGAUAAAGAGUUAACUCCAGCUGUGAACUGUGGGUUUUCCUGCCCAUACAACUCUGUGGCGCCAGCUGUCAGGGAGGAUUCGGAGGAGUAAUGGACAGAAGAGGCAGAACAGGGGGCGGAGAGCAGUCAGGGGGAGCCGGGGCUCAGGGAUGCUGAAGAUCCCCUCAACCACCUAGAGGCUCAGGGAGGAAGCUGAGACUUCGGAAGGGAGGAGGCUUUCAAAUCAGCACAGACAAGAAGGGAAAUGAAACGUAAGGAUCAAAGACGUCUUGCGCGGGAAUCGUAGGAAGCCCGAAUCUGACUCAACAGGUUUGGACGCGUAAUUCUGAACUGUAGCUGUUUCUUGUAUAUGUCUAAUAAAGACUCUAAGUACCACGCUGACUAUGCCAGAGUGUUACUGCGAAGGGGAAACACCACCUUUACACCAGCCUUCUGAAUGUCGCCAGUAGGAUUCAUCUGUAGUUGCUGUUUUCAUGGAAUCCUAGAGUUGAAAGAGACCCCAAAGGUCAUCAAGUCCCACCCCCUGCAUUGCAGGAGUCUCAGCUAGAUCAUCCAAGACAGAUGGCCAUCCAGACUAGGCUUCUUGUAUUUCUAUAUUAAUCACUGAAUACAAAAAAUGGCUUCUAAGCUUUGGAUACCAUAACCAACAGUGUCCAGGAUUCACCUGGCCAGCCCCAUUGCUGCAAAAUGGGGCCUGCCCCCCACUCCUCCCCCUCUCCAUGCCCCCAUGAACCCCUUGAAUUUGGCUCCAGGGCACUGGGAGGGAACUUCCCAAAACAGCACAUGAGGAGAGGAGAAAGUGGAUCCUUCCAUUUGGGAAACUGGGAUGCUUGCGUAGGCGGAAUGACUUGAAAAACACCAACUGGAGUACCACCUAUUUACAAAAAAUGACUGCUCCCAGUCACCAGUCUAGCUGCCGCAUUCUGGAUUAGUUGUAGUUUCCGGGUCACCUUCAAAGGUAGUCCCAGGUAGAGCGCAUGGCAGUAGUCCAAGCAGGAGAUAACCAGAGCAUGCACCACUCUGGCGAGACAGUCUGCGGGCAGGUAGGGUCUCACCCUGUGUACCAGAUGGAGCUGAUAAACAGCUGCCCUGGACACAGAAUUGACCUGCGUCUCCAUGGACAGCUGUGAGUCCAAACUGACUCCCAGGCUGCGCACCUGGUCCUUCAGGGGCACAGUUGGCCCAUUCAGGACCAGGGAGUCCCCCACACCUGCCCACCAUCUGUCCCCCAAAAGAGUACUUUAUGUCGUGUCAGGAUUCGACCUCAAUCUGUUAUAACAGAGCAUUGUGUAGCAGAUCAUAUUGAUCCUGUCUCAGAGGAGGACAUUUCCCUUUUUCUUUUAGGGUCCAGUGUGCUUUGAAGAUGUUGCUGUUUGUUUCACGGACGAGGAGUGGGCGUUGCUGGAUCCUGACCAGAGAGCUCUGCAUAACGAUGUCAUGGAGGAGAAUCGUGGGAUGGUGGCCUCUCUUGGUAAGGCUCCCUGUGGGAUCGUCCUAUCUGCCUGGAAAUUCAAAAAAUACCUCUAUGUAACAAACCUCAUAUAUUUUCACAGAGCUCAACAGCGCCCAAUACAACACCUGGGAACCUAACACCCCCACAAUAAACCUUGAACAGCAAAUUGCAGUUUUUUCUGUGAACCAUCUUCCUCCAGUUCUGCCUUUUUAUACCACGGUUGGGCUUGUCUGAACUGCCCAGGCAUCUUAAAUGUCAGCUUCAGAGUUGUUAGGAAAGAUAGAAUCAUAGAGUUGGAAGAGACCACAAGGGCCAUCGAGUCCAACCCCCUGCCAAGCAGGAAACACCAUCAGAGCACUCCUGACAUAUGGUUGUCAAGCCUCUGCUUAAAGACCUCCAAAGAAGGAGACUCCACCACACUCCUUGGCAGCAAAUUCCACUGUCGAACAGCUCUUACUGUCAGGAAGUUCUUCCUAAUGUUUAGGUGGAAUCUUCUUUCUUGUAGUUUGGAUCCAUUGCUCCGUGUCCGCUUCUCUGGAGCAGCAGAAAACAACCUUUCUCCCUCCUCUAUGUGACAUCCUUUAUAUAUUUGAACAUGGCUAUCAUAUCACCCCUUAACCUCCUCUUCUCCAGGCUAAACAUGCCCAGCUCCCUUAGCCGUUCCUCAUAAGGCAUCGUUUCCAGGCCUUUGACCAUUUUGGUUGCCCUCCUCUGGACACGUUCCAGUUUGUCAGUGUCCUUCUUGAACUGUGGUGCCCAGAACUGGACACAGUACUCCAGGUGAGGUCUGACCAGAGCAGAAUACAGUGGCACUAUUACUUCCCUUGAUCUAGAUGCUAUACUCCUAUUGAUGCAGCCCAGAAUUGCAUUGGCCUUUUUAGCUGCUGCGUCACACUGUUGGCUCAUGUCAAGUUUGUGGUCAACCAAGACUCCUAGAUCCUUUUCACAUGUACUGCUCUCAAGCCAGGUGUCCCCCAUCUUGUAUUUGUGCCUCUCAUUUUUUUUGCCCAAGUGCAAUACUUUACAUUUCUCCCUGUUAAAAUUCAUCUUGUUUGUUUUGGCCCAGUUCUCUAAUCUGUCAAGGUCGUUUUGAAGUGUGAUCCUGUCCUCUGGGGUGUUAGCCACCCCUCCCAAUUUGGUGUCAUCUGCAAAUUUGAUCAGGAUGCCCUUGAGUCCAUCAUCCAAGUCGUUGAUAAAGAUGUUGAAUAAGACCGGGCCCAAGACAGAACCCUGUGGCACCCCACUAGUCACUCUUCUCCAGGAUAAAGAGGAACCAUUGAUGAGCACCCUUUGGGUUCGGUCAGUCAGCCAGUUACAAAUCCACUGAGUGGUAGCAUAGUCAAGACCACAUUUUACCAGCUUCUUUACAAGAAUAUCAUGAGGCACCUUGUCAAAUGCCUUGCUGAAAUCAAGGUAGGCUACAUCCACUGCAUUCCCUUCAUCUACCAGGCUUGUAAUUCUGUCAAAAAUGAGAUCAGGUUAGUCUGACAUGACUUAUUUUUCAGAAAUCCAUGCUGACUAUUGGUGAUCACAGCAUUCCUUUCUAGGUGCUCACAGACUGUUUGCUUAAUGAUCUGCUCCAGAAUCUUCCCUGGUAUUGAUGUCAGACUGACUGGGCGGUAAUUAUUUGGGUCCUCUCUUUUCCCCUUUUUGAAAAUAGGGACAACAUUUGCCCUCCUCCAGUCUGCCGGGACUUCACCUGUUCUCCAGGAAUUCUCAAAGAUGACUGCCAGUGGUUCUGAGAUCACAUCUGCCAGUUCUUUUAAUACUCUUAAGAUAAGUAGCUUCUGUCAGGUUUUCUGAAGAAGAAGAAGAGUUUGGAUUUGAUAUCCCGCUUUAUCACUACCCGAAGGAGUCUCAAAGCGGCUAACAUUCUCCUUUCCCUUCCUCCCCCACAAUAAACACUCUGUGAGGUGAGUGGGGCUGAGAGACUUCAGAGAAGUGUGACUGGCCCAAGGUCACCCAGCAGCUGCAUGUGGAGGAGCGGAGACGCGAACCCGGUUCACCAGAUUACAAGUCUACCACUCUUAACCACUACACCACACUGGCUCUUUCUGUUUUUGUUUUUGCUGCUGUCAGUCUUGGGUUGACCAAAGAGACGCCUGACAUUGGCGAUGGAGGGGAUGCCAUGACUGGGCCAACCAAAAUCCGUCCCAGAGGAGAGCCAGGCUGAUUGAACCUCAGGUAGUAGAAUCAGUGAUAAUUGUUGCGUUCGCAAAGUAAAGGAAGGAUUGAACUCUGAUUAAUAAGAAUACACACAGAGGCUUGAACCAGCAAGACUCUGGGAAGGGUGCGUAUAAUCGUGUCUCUCUGUGCUUGUCCGUCCGAUCUCCGCAGCCCCCGGCCCAGGCCGUUUUAUUCACAAAAGAACUUUUUACAGAGUGUUCGUAAGAACCAAUCAGAUUUCUUCUGAGCAUUUCAACAAACCCACGUGGGGAGAAAGUUAAACUACUAAAACUAAUUAAGCACAGGGUAAACAAAGAACAGAACUACAAAGAAGAGCAUCUGGCAACCCCGGAGGUAAUAAACAAGCAAUACACAUAUGAUAAGGAGGAUGGCCAGGAGGACAGUGACCAUUAUCACCUUCAUGUGAAACCUGUUUCCUGGCCCUAAGAUUAACAUCCUAAGAUUACCUAUUAGAAAACUACAAAGACGAAACUGGCCAGUCUUUGAGGACACAGGACGCCUGCCUGUCGAAGUGUGUACGUGAUUCGUGAAGAGCAGGGAGAAAUGGGCAGCAGAGGCCAAAGGGCAUGGAAAGGGCACGAAUGUAGAAUCUUAUGGGAUUUAAUCAGAAAUUAUCGUCAAUAUAUCAAACCCAGUCAACACAAUGCUUUCAUCGUGGACACGAUGGCUUGAUGUAUAUUUUAUAAUUCCUCAUGGUAAUCCCAUCUGAUCCCUACAAUAAUAAUAAUAGUGAUAGUAAUAAUUUUUAUUUAUCCCUGUACCAUCUGACUGGGUUGCACCCAGCCAACACAUAUAUAAACAUGAAACAUUAAUAACAACAAUCUGAUCCCAUAUAAAAAGUACAUUAACUUUAAAUGAACAACUUAUACUAGUGGCUAAAAUCAUGGAAACUUAUUUAAAAGUGUGUUUCCAAAGUUCGAUGGCUCAUAACACCAAUUUUGGGGGGAGUGAUACCAUAGGAAAGAUAAUUUAAUGAAAAUUGCAAUGCAAUAACUUUUAUGAAGGAGUAUUUAUUAGAACAGCAGUCAUUAAAAGAAAUGUGAAACACAUAGAAAAAAGGAGAUAUAUAGAUAUUCUCACCAUGUCAAUUAAUACUGACUUUGGUAACCUUCAGCUUUAAUUCUGGCCUUACAACGCCUUCUCAUGGAGUGAAGCAAGUUUUUUAGUUCUGCAGCUGUAAUAAUGUGAAACCCAGAUGGAAUUAUUGCCUCUACUAAUUGGGCUUUAUUGCUGGGUUGCUUCUGACUAACAAGUUUCUUUAGUCGGCUCCCAAGAUUUUCGCUUGGCCUAUUCCCAGGCCAUUCCAGCAGUGGAAUAGGAUUUCACAUUCAGAACGCUUCAGGCUCAAGUAUUUGAUUUAUGUAUUUGGGGGCAUUUACGUUCCCAUUAAUGACACAAAUUCUGCCCACACCUUUUGCUGUCAUACAACCCCAGAUCAUCACACUGUCUGGGUGUUUCACGGUCGGUGUAAUGCAAGUAGGAUGUAAAUCUCCUCCGAUUCUCCUCCUCGCGUAUUUCAUGCCCUCACUACCAAGCAAGGAGAUUGGGGUCUCAUCGCUCCAAAUAACACUGUCCCGUUGUUCCGCUGUCCAGUUACAAUGGGUUUUAUUUUUAUUUUAUUUUUUAAAAUAAUUUUUAUUAAGAUUUCAGUAAAAGAUUAAACAUAAAAACAUAAAAAAGAAGUACACAAAUACAAAGUACAUAAUCCAAAGAAGAAAAAAGAAAAAAAACCACAGAGAACAAAAAACAAAAAAAGAAACAGAACAAUUAAAAACAAUCACCUUUUCAUUUCUGUUUUUAAAUUUACUUAUUUUCUGGACCUCCUCAUACCUCCCUCUUUUGUAUUCCAGUCCAAAUUGUUUGUCCAGCAAUUUCUUUUCCACUUUUUAAUCCCAAUCUUUAAUCUUAAUAUAAUAUAGCAUUAAAAUUUUACCUCUUAAAAUACCGAAUUUCCAUUUCCUUAAACUUCUUUAAUCCUAAUCCAAUCUUAAUCUAUCUAUAACUUUAAAUCCUGUACAGCUGGAAACCACUUAUUUUCAAUCCAACAUCACUCUAGCAUUCUUUAGUUUUGCAAUGUUUCUGUAGAUAAUCUUUGAAUUUCUUCCAAUCUUCCUCCACCGACUCUUCUCCCUGGUCACGGAUUCUACCAGUCAUUUCCGCCAGUUCCAUGUAGUCCAUCAGUUUCAUCUGCCAUUCCUCCAGCGUGGGAAGUUCUUGUGUCUUCCAAUACUUUGCGAUAAGUAUUCUUGCUGCUGUUGUUGCAUACAUAAAGAAGGUUCUAUCCUUUUUUAUCACCAUUUGGCCGACUAUGCCCAAGAGAAAGGCCUCUGGUUUCUUAGGAAAGGUAUAUUUGAAUACGUUUUUUAAUUCUUUAUAUAUCAUUUCCCAGAAAGCCUUAAUCUUUGGGCACGUCCACCAAAGGUGAAAAAAUGUACCUUCAGUUUCUUUACAUUUCCAACAUUUGUUAUCGGGCAAGUGAUAAAUUUUGCAAGCUUGACUGGGGUUAUGUACCACCUGUAUAUCAUUUUCAUAAUAUUCUCUCUUAAGGCAUUACAUGCCGUAAAUUUCAUACCUGUGGUCCACAACUGUUCCCAGUCAGCAAACAUAAUGUUAUGUCCAACGUCUUGUGCCCAUUUAAUCAUAGCCGAUUUUACCGUUUCAUCCUGAGUGUUCCAUUUCAGCAGCAAGUUAUACAUUCUUGACAAAUUCUUAGUUUUGGGUUCUAACAGUUCAGUUUCUAAUUUAGAUUUUUCCACCUGGAAGCCAAUUUUCUUGUCCAAUUUAAAUGCCUCCAUUAUCUGAAAAAAAUGAAGCCAGUCUCGCACUUUGUUUUUUAGUUUUUCAAAACUCUGCAAUUUCAGUCUAUCUCCAUCUUGUUCCAAAAUUUCCUAAUAUUUCGGCCAUUUGACCUCCAUAUUGAGCUUUUUCAAGGCUUUCGCUUCCAUUGGUGACAGCCACCUUGGGGUUUUAUUUUCUAACAAAUCCUUAUAUCUUACAAUGGGUUUUAGCCCAGUUUAAUCUUUUCCACCUUUGCUUGAGAGAUAAUGGCUUUUCCCUUGGAAUUCUAGCAUUUAGACCAGUCCUUGCACUCAACUUCACCUUCCAUUGCCCCAUGUCAUCUUGUAAACACCCAGAUGAUAUUCUUCUGUCAUGCAGACACAGUCUCUCCAUUCUUCGAUCAUCACUUGCUGUUGUGCACCUUUUCCUGCCUUUACCAGUCUGAUUUUGUAGUGACUGAGUCUCCUUAUGUUGUUCUUUAGUCGUUUAGUCGUGUCCGACUCUUCGUGACUCCCUGGACCAGAGCACGCCAGGCCCUCCUGUCUUUCCACUGCCUCCCGCAGUUUGGUCAAACUCAUGCUGGUAGCUUCGAGAACACUGCCCCAACAUUUCAUCCUCUGUCGUCCCCUUCUCCUUGUGCCCUCCAUCUUUCCCAACAUCAUGGUCUUUUCCAGGGAGUCUUCUCUUCUCAGGAGGUGGCCAAAGUAUUGGAGCCUCAUCUUCAGGAUCUGUCCUUCCAGGGAGCACUCAGGGCUGAUUUCCUUCGGAAUGGAGAGGUUGGAUCUUCUUGCAGUCCAUGGGACUCUCCUUAUACCUCUUCACAAAUAUAGAAAGGCCAGCUUUGGUUAAGUUUUCCUCAAUCUUCUUCUUUUUUCUUUUUUUUAAAUGAAUAUUUAUUGAAUUUUAUAAUAAAUAAAAAUCUCAAUCAUCAUGUUAUAUACAAUUGUUCUCCCUCCUGUCCUCCGGACUUCCCUCAACUCCCCUUCUACUGAGUUAUUUAGUUUUAUUUAUUGUGUCCUGCUUUAGAUAAAAGUAAAUUCCCCUAUCAUUUCUCUAAUUUUUCUGUUACUAUAAUAAAGUUUAUUCAGACCCUGCCAGUUGCUGUUUCUGCAAAUAACCUGUAAAUGGUUCCCAAACUUUUAAAAUCCUUUUUGUCCUUCUCUUGUAGUUUCUCUGUUAGCUUAGCCAAUUCUGCAUAAUUCAUCAGUUUUUCUUACCAUUGUUCUUUUGAUGGUAUUCCACCUUCCAAUUUUGUGCAGUCAAGAUUCUUGCCGCUGUUAUAGUAUACAUAAAUAAUGUCCAUUUUUCUUUGGCAGCUCUUGAUUUGAGAUACCUAACAGAAAGGCUUCAGGCUGUUUACCAAAGUUCAUUUUAAACAUUAUUUUCAGUUCAUUAUAUAUCAUUUCCCAAUAUUUUUUAAUGCAUUUGCAUUCCCACCACAUAUGAUAAAACGUUCCUUCCUUUUCUUGGCAUCUCCAGCAUCUCUUAUUUUCUUUCUUAAACAUAUUUGCCAUUUUCACUGGUGUGAUAUACCAUCUAUACAUCAUUUUCAUGUAAUUCUCUAUUAAUAAUGUACAAUCUGUAAAUUUUACAUCAACUUUCCACAAUAUAACAUAACACACUAACAAAAGUCAAGCUAAGCAAGUUGUGCUUCCUUUUUCUGGUCAUUCCGCUAUGACAUUUGAUAGAAUACAGAUAAUUACAUUCUUCAUUAAAUUAUCUUUACAUUGAUACAUAAUUUUGUGGUAUUACUCUAAACGAAGUUGUGUUACGAGCCAUCAAAUAUCUGAAAUACACUUUUUUCCCAAAAGGCUUCACAAUUUUGGCCACUACUGUAUAUCAAACAAAUCAACAUUCAACAAUGCAUCAGAAUAUAUUAAUAAAAAUGUUGGCUAAUGACAACCAACAAAGGCAAUGAACAAAGACCCAACUCCCUUCAGUUCUUCUUGAUUUGUUUCUGAGGCUCUAAUCCCUUUUUGUCUCCAUUGCAGAUUUUGAUGAAUUGGAAAACAAGAACAAGGAUGAACAUGACAAAACCCCCAGAGAGGAGAAGCCACGCAAAAAUUUGGAGUAUGGAGAGAGCUGCAGUCAGAGCUCCCAUUCCACUUCCCAACAAAGAAUUCUCAUUGGAAAGAAACCCUAUCAGUGCAUGGAAUGGGGAAAGAGCUUCAGUCAGAACUCCAAUCUCACUAAGCAUCAGAAAAUUCAUACAGGAGAGAAACCCUAUCAGUGCAUGGAAUGUGGAAAGAGCUUCAGGCAGAGCUCCUCUCUCACUUCACAUCGAAGAAUUCAUACAGGAGAGAAACCCUAUCAGUGUGUGGAAUGUGGAAAGAGCUUCAGGCAGAGCGCCAAUCUCACUUCCCAUCAAAAAAUUCAUACAGGAGAGAAACCCAAUCAGUGUGUGGAAUGUGGAAAGAGAUUCAGGCAGAGCUCUCUCUCACUUCACAUCGAAGAAUUCAUACAGGAGAGAAACCCUAUCAGUGCGUGGAAUGUGGAAAGACCUUCAGUCUGA